AUGGUUAACGGAGUGAUUCUUCUUUCCAGCAUUUGUAUUCUUGGCCUUGGAUUAUCUCUUCAGCCAACUGAAGGGGGACCGAAAUCAUCGGAUGGUUUACUCAUUGUUCACAGUAAGAAUAAUGUGACGAUUGCACCGGAUUUCAAGAAAACUGUAUCGAUGGUAACUAAGCUAGUAGAAGAAAUCAGAAAGAACCAUACAGUCAGUACUCAAGAAGUCAAAGCAAAACCGAAGACAAGGAAAGUGAAUAAAGAGAAGAUGACUGUCAAGAAGUUGAGAAAAGGUAAGCAUAUGGUUACCAAACGGUAUCCAACACCGCAGCCUCGUCCUCCUGUCUACUUCUACAAUCCACAAUUAAAUUUUGAAAAUCUUACAUUCACAAACAUCAUUCAUUUUAUCGUUCAGGAAGCGUUAUGGAUAUUCGACAACCUAAUGUUGAAGAAGUAUGAAAAGCAGCUAAGAAAUAAAUAA